AUGGUCCACAGAGUUUUAGGGGUGCCUUACAUCUGCCUAAUUGUUUUAUUUCUACCCCUCUACCUUCAAGGCGUAGAGAUCUUGGACCCGGGGCAGGUGGUAUACAGCGAGACCAGGACCAAUGGUGUGGUGGGACGAGGAGUGAUCUUGGAGUGUGGCCCUACCUUGCCCGAUGUCUACAUCUGGGGCUUUACCAAACCAGGCACAGACACCAUCCGUGCCAUUGUGUACAACUUUGGAAAGGGUCCUAAAAUACAGAAAUUAGCCGAUGACUUGGGUGAUCUGACAGUAAUCAGCAACAGCGCCUCUCUGUCGAUAGAGAAGCUUCCUCUGGCUGCAGAAGGAGUGUAUACCUGCCAGGCACUGUAUGAUACCCUUGAAGGAGCCAAGUUGUAUUACUACUAUGUAUUUCUGCGUGUUUUAGUGCCAGUGACCAAACCUUACAUUGUGAUGAGCGACUCUUCGCCAGUGGAGGGCACAUCAGUGACCAUGCGCUGUGGCCUGGAGAACGGCACGGGGCCUAUUAAUUACAUAUGGGAACAAGAGAGCCGGGAAAGCCAGCUCACCACGGUGGCUGAGAUCUAUGACGACAACCGAUUAAAUGUCACUGAUGUCAACCGAAAUCACACGGGAUGGUACAGGUGUAUUGCCAGCAACCAGGUCAACCAGCAGCGCAGUGACCGAGUCUGGCUUGACACCAUUUUUGGUCCAGACCAGCCUCAGAUCGAUGUCACCCCUUAUUCAGUGACGGAGCGGGGUUAUUCUGCCCUGGAAAGAGAGACGGUUUCUCUUCUGUGUCAAGCUUCUUCUAAUCCCCCAAGUCAGUACGUUUGGUUCUACAACAACACCCAGGUGUAUGCGGGUCCCCAGUACACCAUCAGCAGGAUCCUCCGCAUGCACACAGGCCACUACGCAUGCCUGGCUCAGAACACUUACCUCAACACCCGCUCCAGGAAAACCAUCACCCUCACCGUCUACUAUCCUCCAGAUGGCGCUCCAACUUGCUCAAUCCUACCAGUAAACAAUCACUCUGACCUGGCUCUCCAGUGUACCUGGGAGGGUGGUAUCCCUGCAGCCUCUUUGAGAUGGACCCCGUAUGUGUUUGGAGAAGAGAGCGAGGGACUCACAAACAUCACCAAGAUUCAGAAAGGUCAAGAGACUGCAAACAACUCCAUCUACAUCUGCAAAGGCUCCCACAUCGCAUCGAAUGAAAUCAAAAGCUGCAGUGUCAGAACUUGGAUGCCCUACGGUGAGCCAAAGUGUUCUGCGUAUGCAACUCGAAACAAUGAGUACAUAAUGCUGUCCUGCUCCUGGGAAGGUGGGUUUCCUCGAGCACUGGUGUGGUGGGUCUCCAGCUCAGGGGACACGCAAGGCACAUCUGAGGAGAACGCAAACAUCCUGGUUUUGCGGUCAAGUGCUACCUACAGUGGCAAGGCCUUUGUAUGCCAUGCAAAACAUCCAUUAGCUAAGGAGACCAAACAGUGCGUUUUAAAACUAGAGGCACCGGUCCUAGUGACCCAGCGCAGUAUGAUGACCGUCUAUGAGGGCAGUGAUGCCCAACUCACCUGUAUCUUGAGUAGAAACUACCCAGUCACAGAGAUCACCUGGUUCAACAACCUGAAGCAGCAUGUGAAUGAGAUUCCCAAGAAGUACGUCCUGGAGCGAGCUGCUGCCUGGACCAACUUGACAGUGCGGGAAACGGACAGCAACACAGACAGUGGCCAUUACUGGUGUUCAGCUACCAAUGCUGUCGGUGGGGCAGAGAUUCCCAUUUUGCUGAUGGUGAAGAGGUACCCAAUGCCCCCAAAUAUAAACAUCAGUAAGAUCAUUUACAACAGUCGUCAAAGGACCGAUGUUGACCUAGAGUGGAAGCUCCAGACUGAGGGUAACCUCACAGGGUUUUUCAUCGAGCGCCAGAGGCUCCCUGAACCUGUGAAGAAAAGAAACAGUGACCUUCCCUGGCGGAAACUGGCAGACCUAGACCAGGAUUCCCGACACUACCAAAUCAACGAUCUGGAUCCCACUGGAGUCUAUGCAUUUCGUGUUACUGCAAUCAACCACCACACCAUUGGAAACCCUUCAGAGAUAAAGAGCCCAGCCGACCCUCCCUUCAAUGCCUAUCCAGCUGUGAUUGGGGCAGCCAUCGGGGGCAUGAUCAUAGCCACAAUAAUCACUAUACUGCUCUUCAUGUAUGUGGUACGGAACCGCAACAAUAACCCACGGCUUCAUGACUUGAUAUUUGGAAGGCAGAACAGCCAGUCUAGAGAGAACAUAAACUUUCCUGAGGAUGAGGGUAGUGGAACAGCAGAGGGGCAACCGAGCCAAUCAGCUAGUCCAGUGGCAUCAAUGGCACUGCCAAGGCCAACCGCAACACCUACAAACCUUCCCCCAGGCGAGGAGCCAGUCAACGUAACUAUUACUGUCAUGGCCUCAAGCUAAAGACAAAGCUGAUCACAAUCAUGUUUAUUACCAUACAUUCACUACAGGAUGAUAACACUUUGGAGAUCAGAAACACUUUUUCAUCAUCAACAGAAGUAAACAAAGGGGGGUGAAAAAAUUGUGUUGAAUGUAAUUUUAUACUAAUAUCAAUUUAAGAGUUUACUAGCAAGCACCUCCCAUUUAGAUAACCGCUUUAGAUCGGCUAAUUAAUUAGUUUUGGUAUAACUAAAAUACAAGCAAAUUUUCUUAAUUAACAGCAGGAUUGUUAUCAUUUUUGCUACAUUUAACUUCUUGUGAGGUAAUACAAAGCACAUUUUUAGCAAUCUUUCUACAUCAAUACACAGAUUACUUAAGCACCUUUGCAUUCACCUUCCAUGUGUCUAUUUACAAUGAACUAAACUGAUUUCAGCUGCUUCUAAAUAACAUGGGUUGAGAUAAACCAAUCAUUUAGGUAAAUGACUGAGUGAUAUUUUUGAACAAACGAUCUUUAUAAGCAAAAGGCACUCUUUUUUGAACUCUCAAUGUUUAAUAAAAUGAAGGCUGAACCCAA